UUCAACACUGGAUUGGAAAAAUGUCACGUCGAAGAAACAGAAGCUACGACAAAAGACACAAAUAAUAAAAAAGCUUAUUUUGCGCAGGCAUUUGUAUAUUUCCAGUAAAUGCAAAGCCAUGCAAUCGCAUAUUUAGUACGCGCCGCCAAAUUGUGAGAUAAAUUCUAAAGUUAUUUAAUCGAAAAACGACCAGCAACAACAACGAAACGUAGUUUUGGGCCCUAUUGCAUUUUGCGAGAGUGCGAACGAAGAAGAAAAGUGCGUGUGUGCAAAAGUCAGCGAAAAAGAGGAGCGCAAAACAGAGCGGAAACACAACAAUACACAAAAACAUACACAACACACACUGGAAUACACACACCCACCCACACUUGGGGGCACUUACACACAUCGGUGAACACACAUUGACGAAAUAUAUACAGGAGAGGCUCCAACGUCGAGUCAGCAAAUAGUGCCACACACACAAAACCGAACAAAAAAAGAAUAGAAAGAAAAACAGAGAAGCUCCAUCUGCAGAAUCCGUGUUAUCCCGAUCCGGAAUGAAUCGCUCCGACGGCCUGGUGAGGCGCUCGGUGAAGCCCCGGGAAAAUGGUGGUGGGGCGGAGGGUGGUCUGAAUGCCAACACUCCCGACGACAAUCAGGAUGCGUUGGACUCGCACAAGGACCAGGAGGACAACAUCGACGACGGCGACUCCAAGGAGACACGACUCACGCUCAUGGAGGAGGUUCUGCUGCUGGGACUGAAGGACAAAGAGGGCUACACAUCGUUCUGGAAUGAUUGCAUAUCAAGCGGAUUGCGUGGAUGCAUUCUCAUAGAACUCGGCCUGCGAGGUCGUGUGAUGAUCGAGAAAUCCGGCAUGCGACGACGUGGCCUAUGUACAAGAAAAUUGAUUUUGAAAUCGGAUCAGCAAACCGGCGAUGUUCUAUUAGAUGAGGCACUCAAACACAUCAAGGAAACAGACCCCCCAGAGACGGUGCAGAGCUGGAUUGAAUAUCUAAGCGGUGAAACCUGGAAUCCUUUAAAAUUGCGCUACCAGUUAAAAAAUGUUCGUGAACGUCUGGCCAAGAAUCUGGUGGAGAAGGGUGUGCUCACAACGGAAAAGCAAAAUUUUCUACUCUUCGAUAUGACGACACAUCCGCUAAGCGACAAUGUUGUCAAGUGUCGUCUCGUAAAGAAGAUACAAGAUUCUGUGCUGUCCAAGUGGGUAAAUGAUCCCCAGCGCAUGGACAAGCGUAUGCUGGCUCUGAUCUUCUUGGCCCACGCCAGCGAUGUCAUUGAAAAUGCUUUUGCGCCACUCAACGACGAUGACUACGAGGUGGCCAUGAAGCGAGUGCGGGAGCUGCUGGAUCUCGACUUUGAAACGGAGGCGUCCAAGCCGAACGCGAACGAGAUCCUGUGGGCGGUGUUCAUGGCGUUUACGAAAUAGGCGCUCCUUUGAUCGUUUUUCAGCUCCUCUCAACAGCACACACACUAUUUUCCCCCACAAAUCCAACACAAAACCCAACCACACCAACAUCUGGAAUACAUUUCGCUGCUUUUGUUUUCGAAACUUUGCUGUGAGUGGAAAUGAAUUGGUCGUAAA